GGGGCGCCCCCCGGCCGCCGCCCAGCAGCCCGCCGCUCUCCAUCAUGGGCCUCAUGCCGCUCACCAAGGAGGUGGCCAAGGGCAGCAUCGGGCGCGGCGUGCUCCCCGCCGUGGAACUGGCGAUCGAGCAGAUCCGCAACGAGUCGCUCCUGCGCCCCUACUUUCUUGACCUGCGGCUCUACGACACAGAGUGUGAUAAUGCAAAAGGGCUGAAAGCCUUCUACGAUGCAAUAAAAUACGGGCCGAACCACUUGAUGGUGUUUGGAGGCGUCUGUCCAUCCGUCACAUCCAUCAUCGCUGAGUCCCUCCAAGGCUGGAACCUGGUGCAGCUUUCCUUUGCUGCAACCACGCCUGUCCUAGCUGAUAAGAAAAAAUAUCCUUAUUUCUUUCGGACUGUGCCGUCAGAUAACGCGGUGAACCCAGCCAUCCUGAAGUUGUUGAAGUACUACCAGUGGAAGCGGGUGGGCACCCUGACUCAGGACGUGCAGAGGUUCUCCGAGGUGAGGAACGACCUGACUGGAGUUCUGUACGGCGAGGACAUUGAGAUUUCGGACACAGAGAGCUUCUCCAAUGACCCUUGCACCAGUGUCAAAAAGCUUAAGGGGAAUGAUGUACGGAUCAUCCUUGGCCAGUUUGACCAGGCUAUGGCAGCAAAAGUGUUCUGUUGUGCGUACGAGGAGAACAUGUAUGGUAGCAAGUACCAGUGGAUCAUCCCUGGCUGGUACGAGCCUUCCUGGUGGGAUCAGGUGCACACGGAGGCCAACUCGUCCCGCUGCCUUCGUAAGAACAUGCUCACUGCCAUGGAGGGCUACAUUGGCGUGGACUUCGAGCCACUGAGUUCCAAGCAGAUCAAGACCAUCUCAGGAAAGACUCCGCAGCAGUACGAGAGGGAGUACAACAACAAGCGGUCGGGCGUGGGGCCCAGCAAGUUCCACGGGUACGCCUACGACGGCAUCUGGGUCAUCGCGAAGACGCUUCAGAGAGCCAUGGAGACACUGCAUGCCAGCAGCCGGCACCAGCGGAUCCAAGACUUCAACUACACAGACCACACGCUGGGCAGGAUCAUCCUCAACGCCAUGAACGAGACCAACUUCUUCGGGGUCACGGGUCAAGUUGUGUUCCGGAAUGGUGAAAGAAUGGGAACCAUUAAAUUUACUCAAUUUCAAGACAGCAGGGAAGUGAAGGUGGGAGAGUACAACGCCGUGGCCGACACGCUGGAGAUCAUCAACGACACCAUCAGGUUCCAAGGAUCUGAACCACCAAAAGAUAAGACCAUCAUCCUGGAGCAGCUCCGAAAGAUCUCCCUACCUCUCUACAGCAUCCUCUCGGCCCUCACCAUCCUUGGCAUGAUCAUGGCCAGCGCCUUUCUCUUCUUCAACAUCAAGAACCGGAAUCAGAAGUUAAUAAAGAUGUCUAGUCCCUAUAUGAACAACCUUAUAAUUCUUGGAGGGAUGCUCUCCUAUGCAUCGAUAUUUCUCUUUGGUCUUGAUGGAUCCUUCGUCUCCGAAAAGACCUUUGAAACACUUUGCACUGUCCGGACCUGGAUUCUCACCGUGGGCUACACAACCGCCUUUGGGGCGAUGUUCGCAAAGACAUGGAGGGUCCACGCCAUCUUCAAAAACGUGAAAAUGAAGAAGAAGAUCAUCAAGGACCAGAAGCUGCUUGUGAUUGUGGGGGGCAUGCUGCUGAUCGACCUAUGCAUCCUGAUUUGCUGGCAGGCUGUGGACCCCCUGAGGAGGACAGUGGAGAGGUACAGCAUGGAGCCGGACCCAGCGGGCCGGGACAUAUCCAUCCGUCCUCUGCUGGAACACUGUGAGAACACCCACAUGACCAUCUGGCUGGGCAUCGUCUAUGCCUACAAGGGGCUUCUCAUGUUGUUCGGUUGUUUCUUAGCUUGGGAGACACGCAACGUCAGCAUCCCCGCCCUCAAUGACAGCAAGUACAUCGGGAUGAGCGUCUACAACGUGGGCAUCAUGUGCAUCAUCGGGGCUGCUGUCUCCUUCCUGACCCGGGACCAGCCCAACGUGCAGUUCUGCAUCGUGGCCCUGGUCAUCAUCUUCUGCAGCACCAUCACUCUGUGCCUGGUGUUUGUGCCCAAGCUCAUCACCCUGAGGACAAACCCAGAUGCAGCAACUCAGAACAGGCGGUUCCAGUUCACACAGAACCAGAAGAAAGAAGAUUCCAAAACAUCCACUUCGGUCACCAGCGUGAACCAAGCAAGCACAUCCCGCCUGGAGGGUCUGCAGUCGGAAAACCAUCGGCUGCGGAUGAAGAUCACAGAGCUCGAUAAAGACUUGGAAGAGGUCACCAUGCAGCUGCAGGACACUCCAGAAAAGACCACAUACAUUAAACAGAACCACUACCAAGAGCUCAAUGACAUCCUUAACCUCGGGAACUUCACCGAGAGCACAGAUGGUGGAAAGGCCAUUUUGAAAAAUCACCUCGAUCAAAACACCCAGCUCCAAUGGAAUACAACAGAGCCCUCUCGAACAUGCAAAGACCCCAUAGAGGAUAUAAACUCCCCAGAACACAUCCAGCGCCGGCUGUCCCUCCAGCUUCCCAUCCUGCACCACGCCUACCUCCCAUCCAUCGGAGGCGUGGACGCCAGCUGUGUCAGCCCUUGCGUCAGCCCCACCGCCAGCCCCCGCCACAGACAUGUGCCACCCUCCUUCCGAGUCAUGGUCUCGGGCCUGUAAGGGCGGGGGGUCCUGAGGCCGGGGCCUCCCCCAUGACAGAACCACACUGGGCAGAGGUGUCCACUGCAGGAACCCUGGCCAAUCUGGCCUCUGAGAGCUGGACACAUGGCUGGCCUCUCAGGACUGCUUGGAGGGCACGCAGCUGGACAGGACGGGGGAAUUGGCACCUGACCUCGAGCCUUAUUUGUGAAGUUUUUAUUCUUUCACAAAGAAGAGGAGUGGAAAUGACUUCUCCCCAAUGUCUGCGGCACAAGGAGGAGCAGGAACAUUUGAAACUUGCAAAAACAAAACAAACUAGACAAGGAGGGAGGCAUUAGGACUCCAGCUACAAGUCACAGAGCAGAGGGGGCCUCACAGCCUUGGAGAAGGCCAGGGGCUUCUGGAGAAACCUCCACUGCGCCCUGCCCACACCCCCCCUGGCUGCAGACCCCCAGACUAGCCCGUCUCCCCUAGGGGGGAAAAGGCAGGCUGGACAGUGGCCUGUCCCUCCUGAAACAGGGGGUGAGUCUGCAGGACCUGCAGACAGGCCCAGCCCUGGCCAGGCGGACAGAGGGCUGGGCUCCCAGAGCAGGCUGGCCAGGCCUCCCGGUGGGACCUCCAUCUGAACCAGAUGUUUGUUACUCUGAUAAAUGCCACCCACUAACCCAAUAACAUCUGUCCCGGGACCGUGGGGAUUUAGGGCACGUCACUCUGCAACACGCGCUGCAGUGUUUGCCGGCAGUCCCAUCACGCACCCACCACAUUGGCCGUGUCCUGUGUUCAUAGCAGGUGUUCCCGGUAAUAAGGGGGACCACCCCAGUUAGUCAUGGAAUGUCCAUUCCCAAUCAACUCGAUCAAGAAAGAUUGUGCACUUUAACCUCUCUCAUCAGGGCCCAAGGGCUGACCGGCAUUCAUUUUUCUUUUUUUUUCCCACUGACUUUGUUUCUGACCAAAGUGAAUCAGGGGCAUUCUGUGAAAAAGACAUCCCCAUAGUCAGAGGGGAGACAGCCACUGGCUGGGGGCUUCCCGUGGCUUCCCAAAGGUGACCUUCCAUCUAUCCAGGCCAGUGACCUCUCACCUAAGGGCCACUGGGAGUGACCAGUCAGCACACUGAUUCUCAUGCAGAAGACGGCGCUUCCCUAUUAAAAUAACUGUACCCCAAAGAACACUGGCCUGGGAGUCAGGCAGAGUGGGGUCCAGGACCUCAGUCCACUGCUCACUCCCUGUGUGACCUUGGGCAGGUCACGUGUGUCUCUGAGCCUCUGUUUCCCCUCUAACAAAAUGAGGUUGAAACAGCACCCGUCCUGCCUACCUCACAGGGUCACUCUGAGGAUCACAACUUGAUCUCCUCCAGGAAAGCUUUGUACCAAACAGUGACAUGGCCCUGGCCUGUGAGGUAUUCUUCAUGACCGUGACCUUUAGCCCUCAGCACCGCAGGGCCUGGCUCAGAGAGUUCUCAGCUCAACCCCCCCACCCCAACCACCGGCCUGGAGCUGGGUUCCCACCGGCUUUCCUGACUUUCCCAGACAGGUUCAUUCUUUGCUGAAAGGCCUGAAUGAUGGCGUCUAGGACGUCUGUCUGCACAGCGGAGCAGUUGGCUCACCCCCUGAUGAAACCUAUCGGCAGCUUCAACAGGCAGGCAAUAAUCCCCCUCAGAACCACUCCAGUCAGGAAUACGCUGUUGUCUGUCACCAGGCUGGGACGAUAAGGGCACACACUGGCACCUUCCCGCCGCCAACAUCUCACCACACACCCCUAUUGCACGUAGGAUAGCUCUCCCCCGCCCCCCAGAGAGGUUAUGGAGGUACUGUAGCUUUUUAGGGGAAAGAAAAAAAACAAAACGUUAGCACAUCACAGGUCAAGUUGAAGUCCUCUGUUUUUAGGCACUAAGACUUGGUGUUGUCACUCACUGUGUAUUACCAGUAUUGACUUGCUUUCUUGAUUUCACCAAAACCAGAUUGAAUUUCAAGGACCACAUUAAUUUUUCAAAAGGAAAGAGACAAUUAAUUGUACAUAAUGUAUACACAUACAAAAAAGUUACCUGUAGAAAUAUUACUCCAGCAUAGCAGGAAAAAACAAACAAACAAAACAAAAUCAAAAGUAUUGGGCUGUCGGAGGUGAGUGUGCGUCUGUGACCAUUGUAACUCCUGACUGUGCGCAGUCUUUCUAACCCACCAAGUACAUUCUGUCUUAAUGAUACUGUAGGUUCACCCUUCUUUUGGUUUCUUUGCGUUUUCUUCCAUUUCCCUCACCAAUAACAAGACCCACAGAAGUGACUCGAGCUCUGUAAUGGUCUUUUCUACGCAGCCAACAUACACUGUCCAUUCUGAAGAGGCUCCGGCCUGAAGGCAUUUCCCAAUGAUGUUUAGUGCACAAAAAUGCUUUAAAUUAGACUGGAACUGCCAGAAUCCAAUGUACCUGAGGAGUUUCUCGUACCCUUACUGCAUGGUAUCAAUUUUUAAUAAAUUGUUGCAGAUUUGUUUUUAUGAAUAAAUGGGGAAAAGCUGUCGUCUUUAA